GCGCGGCCCACAGCUGCUUCCGGUCUCAUGGAGGCGCCUGCUCAUGAGGUCACUUCCGGCGUGCCCCCAGACUGCUACAGUGGAGCCGCAGUGAAUGCAAUAAGUGAAUGUAAGACUUGUAAGUGAUUGUAGAGAAGGAGUCCGGUGAUAAAAUCUGGGACUACGAGAAGCAUCUCAUGCUGCUGAAAGAAGCUCAGGACGAGAUAAAGUAGAUGAUGCUAUGGAUUGAGAGCCCAUUGAUUUGGUAAAUAUAAUCACUCACAGCAAGAGAGAAGAUGAUGCGCUACUGGGGUGAGAUCCCAGUCGCCUCUGGGCAGACCAAUAGAAGCUCCUUUGAUCUCCUGCAGCGUGAGUUCCGAACAGUGGAAAUGCAGGAGCCUCCCCUACACCAGCCUUCAGCCAAUAAGCCCAGACCUACAACUAUGCUGGACAUUCCGUCUGAACCCUGCAGCCUCACCAUCCACACCAUUCAGCUCAUCCAGCAUAACCGCAGACUGCGUGGCCUUAUUACCAGCGCUCAGGCUCAGAACCAGCAGCAGGUGGAAGGUAUGAAGGUGGAGGAGAGUGAACCCCUUCCCCACAGGCCCACCUCUCCCACACUCCCAGAUGAUCUGUUGCCCCAGGACUGUAAGGUCCCCAAGCUGCCAUUCCAGAUACGACACAGCGACCCCGAGAGUGAAUUUUAUAGAGGCAAAGGGGAACCAGUCACAGAGCUCAGUUACCAUUCCUGUCGUCAAUUCAUGUACCAGUCUGUAGCCACCAUACUGGCCCACGCCGGCUUCGAAUCUGCUAAUGAAAGUGUUCUGGAAACCCUGACUGACAUUGCCCACGAAUACUGCCUGAAAUUUACUAAGAUGUUGCGAUUUAACGUAGACCGUGAAGCCAGACUGGGGCAGACGCCCUUCCCGGAUGCCAUGGAGCAAGUCUUCCACGAAAUGGGCAUCGGGAGCGUUCUGUCUCUUCAGAAGUUUUGGCAGCAGCGUAUUAAGGAUUAUCACACGUACAUGUUGCAGGUCAGCAAGCAGCUCUCAGAAGAAUAUGAGAACAUUGUGCACCCAGAGAGGGUCUCUGAAGAUACCAAGCCCGUGAAGAUUAAAGAGGAACCUGUCACUGACAUAACCUUCCCAAUCAACGAGGAGCUGGAGGGUGACCUAGCACCCGGGGACCAGUCGUUGCCCGUGGGUGUUCUGGGAGCUCAAAGUGAGAGGUUUUCUGCUAACAUUGAAGUUGACUCAUCACCUCAGCCCUCUGGAUCUGAUGUGAAUACCUCGCCGCUUUGGGGUCUGGCACAGGUUAAAAUGGAGCCCCAGGAGAACGAGGAAGGAGCUGUACACGGACACAGCGUGCUGGGCAAUGACGUGUUUGAGGAAGCCAUGUCUGGGAUGAGUGACUCUGCUAUGCCGGGCAGCCCCAAUGGAUCAGAGGCCAGCUACUCCUCCCAUUCCCCCGAAAGUUUCAUGGGCUCCUCCCCUGUCUUUAACCAACGACCCAAGAAAAAGAUGAGGAAAAUGUGAAGAGAGUCCCAGGCGGCUCUGUGCAGAGACUCACUACUGCUCCUCCUGUUGGGGAGGCUAAAUUACCACUGGAGACUGGCGCUGUUCUAUUUCAGGAGAAAUCAUCUUUGUAGAUAUAAACAAAAUACCGAUGAAAAUGAAUGGGUUUUGUAUUAAAAUUAGGGAUUUUCUUCUGCA